GUCGGCCUCUGACUUGAAAGUUAGUCUUCAUUGCUGUUGACACGCUAUAUCGACUGCUAUCCAAAAAUGAGCUCUCACGAGAACGACACCCCUCUCCCAGUUCCGUACACGUCUCGUCUCGGACAACCACUCGACGCUGGACAGACAUUGAAUGUUCACGGAAAGAUCAACGAGGGAGCACAGGUAGCCGAGAUCAAUCUUCUCCAGGGAGGUGGUGAAAUUGGACCAAACACCCAAGUGAUCCUCCACUUGAAGCUCAAUUUUAAGGAAAAGAAAGUUAUUCUCAACUCUUACGAGAAUGGAGUGUGGGGAAAAGAAGAGCGCGAGUCUCUUCCAUUCCAAGCUGGACAAGAAUUCGAUCUUCGCAUCCGAGUUCUCGACGAAGGCCUUGAAAUCUCGGCUGACAACAAGAAGAUCCACGAGUUCAAACAUCGUCUUCCAUUCCAAUCCAUUGAAUAUCUUUCUGUUCGUGGUGACCUUUCCUUGAAUGGAAUUCAUUGGGGUGGAAGAUUCUAUAAACUUCCAUGGGAGACCGCAUUCCCAGCUGGAUUUCUUGAAAAGGGACAACGUGUUCAUUUGUAUGGUAUUCCAAAGGGUGAUCGUUGGUCACUUGAUUUGGUCGCUCGUAAUCAGGAUAUUUUGUUCCAUUUCAAUCCAAGAAUCAAGGAUAAGGCGGUCGUCCGUAACUCUCACCGUAAUGGAUUCUGGGACACCGAGGAACGUGAAGGUGGAUUCCCAUUCAAGAAGGACGUCGGAUUCGAUUUGACCAUUGUCAACGAAGAAUAUUCCAUUCAAAUCUUCAUCAAUCGCGAACGCUUCGGAACUUUCCAGCACCGUACCCAGAAUCCAAUUGGUGACUACAUUGGACUCAGAAUUGAUGGAGAGGUUGAGGUCACUGGUAUUGAGUUUUCGCAUUAAAUUUCGCGUUUUCUGGGAAAUAAUUGCAUAAUGUAUAACAAUUAAUAUGUAAAUUAAAUAAUCUUCUUGCUUUUUUAAAAAUAAAUUCGAAUUGAUU